UGCCCGUUGAAUGAUAAUCUCAACGAAGUCGGUGAAAUUGGCUCAGUUAACAUGGGUCGAGCUAAGGAUAAGUUUUCUAGACUAAUUUGCUCUGGACAAUAUGGUUUCGUUUGGUUGGGUCGAUUUGUUAAAAAGAUCGAACUCGAUUCUUUGGUCAUUCUACAUUUCAAAAUUGGCCAAUCUCUUUAUGGAGAGGGACAAGAAGGGCAAGAUUUCACCUUUACCAUGGAUCGAUCUUGCUUUGAUCCAAGUGUACUUAGAACAACUUAUGCUGAGAAAUUCUUACUCAUGGGAAAAAUACGUAAUUCGACUGCAAUUCAUCUUGAUUCGAGGUCGAUCGCAUAUGAUCUCGAAGAUGGGCACAAGAUCCUAAAAUUCACUACACUAUUAAAAGAGUUAUUGAUAACUUCAAGAUAA